ACUACUAGUAUUUCAGCUGUCCCGUUAUAAUCCGCUCCGUUCCGUUCCGUUCCACUGGCGUUCACGGGCGUUCGCGCACCGCACUCUCUGCUCGGGACGCUCGCAACUUACUGUGUGUCAGUGUGUCCUGUCUGGUGUCAGUGCGUCCAGUGAGAUGUCAGUGUGUCCAGUCCGGGGUCAGUGUGUCCAGUCCGGUGUCAGAGUGCCCAGUAAGAUUUCAGUAUGCAGUUGAACCCGGUGUUAGUGUGUCUCCCACAUCUCCACGCUCCGCUUACCGCUGCUAUAGGCUGGAAGGGAGCGCGCUUCGCCAUUGGCUGCUCCGUUGACAUAUAGCGGAGCGGGAACGCGCCCGGUGCGCACACCUCUCUCUCUACUACAACUUUUCAUAUAGAUCUCAAUUGAGAUGAUUGUCGACGAUUCCGCUCGGUUAUUGUACUAUUCUAGUAUAAAUGAAUGAAACCGUAAGAUUUAUAUCGAGCGACCACCUGCUUGUGGCAUUAUGUUUAAUGCUAUUUCGAAGUACAAAGUAUAGUAUCAUUUUUAAGUGUAUCUUUCGAGCUUCACACACGUUUUCUCUGUAGCCCGCAUAGAUAGAGGAGGAGGACACAGAGAGGCGACAUGCGUGUGUUCGUCGUGUGUGUGUUCUUCACUUGGGCUGUCCGGCACACUCGCGGCUCUCCGUCCUCUCGGAGUCUCUACACGAACCACUGGGCUGUGCGCGUCCGCGGGGGGCCGCAAGAAGCAGAGCGACUCGCUUUAAAAUAUGGAUUUAAUAACCUCGGCCAGAUUGGGAGCUUGGAGGAUCAUUACCAUUUUCACCACAGCAAAGUUGUCAGACGGUCAACUUUUUCAACACGAGGCCCUCACAGCUUCAUCCAUAUGGAUCCAAAGGUUGAUUGGAUUCAGCAGCAGGUAGUGAAGUCACGAGUGAAAAGGUACACAAGCAAUGACCUGAAUUUCAUCCACUUCAACGAUCCCAAGUGGUCUAGCAUGUGGUAUAUUCACUGCGGUGAUAAGAACAACCGCUGCCGUUCCGAGAUGAAUAUCUUGGCUGCCUGGCAGAGGGGCUAUACGGGUAAAAACGUGGUGGUCACCAUCCUGGACGACGGCAUCGAGAAGAAUCACCCAGAUCUAUCCCAGAAUUUUGAUCAGCUUGCAAGCUAUGAUGUCAACGGGAAUGACCACGACCCUACUCCACGCUAUGACUCCAGUAACGAAAACAAACACGGGACCCGGUGCGCAGGGGAGGUUGCGGCAGUGGCCAACAACUCGCACUGUAUUGUCGGUAUCGCCUUCAACGCCCGGAUAGGAGGCAUUCGCAUGCUGGAUGGAGAUGUAACGGAUGUGGUGGAAGCAAAAUCUCUCGGCAUCCGCCCAGACUACAUCGAUAUAUAUAGCGCCAGCUGGGGACCAGAAGACGACGGGAAAACUGUGGAUGGACCAGGCCCGCUCGCCAAGCAGGCUUUUGAGAUGGGCAUCAAAAAGGGUCGCAAAGGCUUGGGCUCGAUCUUUGUGUGGGCCUCUGGCAACGGAGGCCGGCAGGGAGAUCAUUGCUCCUGCGAUGGCUACACCAACAGCAUCUACACCAUCUCCGUCAGCAGCACCACAGAGAGUGGCGCCAAGCCCUGGUACCUGGAAGUGUGCUCCUCAACCCUGGCCACCUCCUAUAGCAGCGGGGAGUUCUACGACAGAAAGAUAGUGACCACUGACCUUCGGCAGCGCUGCACCGAUGGUCACACUGGCACCUCCGUCUCUGCUCCAAUGGUAGCUGGAGUCAUUGCUCUGGCACUAGAGGCCAAUCCGUUGAUAACCUGGAGAGAUGUCCAGCACCUUCUGGUGAAGACAUCCCGACCAGCUCACCUGAAAGCCAGCGACUGGAAAACAAAUGCUGCAGGACACAGAGUUAGUCACCUGUAUGGCUUCGGACUGGUAGACGCCGAAGCUAUGGUAGUAGAGGCCAAGAAGUGGAGGAAUGUCCCCCCACAGCACAUCUGCACUGAGACUUCCACCUACAGGACCAGGUACAUCCGUGCUGACCAGCAGCUGAAUGCCACCAUCACCACUUCGGGCUGUGCAGACCAUCCAGGCCAGCAAGUGGUGUACCUGGAACAUGUGGUGGUGAGGGUCCUCAUCUCACAUUCGCGUCGCGGGGACCUCCAGAUCAACCUUGUCUCCCCAGCAGGAACACGAUCACAGCUUCUUGCUAAGAGAUUGUUUGACAACUCCAACGAGGGCUUCAGGAACUGGGAGUUCAUGACUGUACACUGUUGGGGAGAGAAGGUAGAGGGGCAGUGGACCCUGGAGGUGCUGGACUCACCCUCACAGAUGCGUAACCCUGAGGUUCUUGGGAAACUGAAAGAGUGGAGCCUCAUUUUUCACGGCACCUCAGAGCACCCGUACCACUCCCACAGCUCCCAGCAUUCACGCUCCAGGAUGCUGGAGAUCCCCAGUCCAGGUCCAAGUCUGGAAAGGAAAGCCCUCGUCUUGCUUCCGGAGGAGGACGAAGAGGAGGGGGAGGAAGAAGAGGAGUACAGUGGUCCAUGCCACACUGAGUGCAGGGAUCGCAGCUGUGACGGACCAGCAGCAGACCACUGUCUCAACUGUAUCCACUUCAGCCUGGGUAACCUUAAGACGGGCAGGACAUGCGUCAGCCAUUGUCCCCGAGGGUACUUCGAGGACACAGAGGCGAGGCGCUGCCGGCGCUGCGCUAAAGGUUGCGAGAGAUGUGUGGGACAGGGGCCUGGUGCAUGCCGCUCCUGCCGGAGGGGACUCUACCUUUACGGAGCAGAUGGCACCUGCAUGGAGAGCUGCCCCGUGGGAUACUACGCAGAGGAAAUCCAGAGGCGGUGUCUGAAGUGCCAUGAGAACUGCAUGAGAUGCCUGCGUGAUGCAGAUAGGUGCACAGCCUGCAGCAAGGGCUACAGCCUGGCGGGAAUGACCUGUGUGCCAGAGUGCGCCGAUGGAACCUUCUUUCACCUGGAGGAGAUGAAAUGCAGUCCCUGCCACCACUCCUGCUUCACUUGUACAGGACCUGGCAAGGAGGAGUGUAUACACUGCGCCCAGGACUUUCUGCAGCAGGACUGGGCAUGUGUGCCUGUCUGCAGUGAGGGCUACUACCCAGGAGAGGCUGCCAGCCUGGCUCAGAGGAUGUGUCGCAGGUGUGAGGAGAACUGCUUGAGCUGCCAGGGUCCUGGAGUAACUUGUUCAAGGUGCAGGGAUGGAUACAGCCUGGUCGGAGGGUCCUGCAUCAUCAAUGCCACCUGCAAUAACGCGGACGAGGUGUUCUGUGAGAUGGUGAAGUCGAACCGGCUGUGCGAGAAGAAGCUCUUCAGACAGUUCUGCUGCAAAACAUGCCUCAUCGCAGGGUGAGGAGAACGACGGGGGUCUCCUUAUGCUCCGAACACAGCAUCUGGUGUACAUUUUUAACUGGUUCCAUCCUUAUGAUUUAAAAAAAAUCCAUUUUGAUAAGCCUAUCGAAGUGAGAGUCUGAUUUAAAUAACAUAUAUUUUUAAGGUUUUCUUUUUUAUAAACUGCAUAUGUAACAUGUACAAAAGGUUUAUUUUUAUUCAGAAGCUGCAUUACAGUAAAACAUGGUGCUUUCGACAGUAUGACAAUAGAAUCAAUGAACGAUAAAAACCACUGUUCUCGGUCAAUAUUUAAUGUGAAGUAUGAACUAGUUAACGAUUAAACAAUACUGUUUGUUGAGUAAGCCUGUUCAUACUGAACACAUAUUUCCUAAGAAAAUGCAAAUGUUUUGGUAGGAAAAAAAAUACUUGUGAACAGCUGUAAUGUUUACCUGUUUUAUGCUAUAGAAGAUUUUAGAAACUGUAUUUGUCAUUUCUUGUUUAUGUAAAAUAUUCAUAAGACCAAAUAAAACCGUGCAGUCUCCAGGUCAGCCGAUGUUGAGAAUUUCUUUAAAUCAUACUUUUCAUGUAUUCUUAAAGAGCUUUUGGGGGAUCAGUACACCUUU